AUGACAAGCCGCUUAUCGGGCCUCUUUCAGGCAUCACCGCGACCGCGAAGAUGUUUUCAUAGUUUCCCUGUCACAUACGUGGAAAAUCAUCAACGCGCAAGCGAAAAGUUGUUCGCAGAUGCACAACAGGAAGAAGCAGACGAAUCUGCAAAUCCUAAACCCAGCAUAUCCAAAUUUCCGCAACUGCAGAGCCAGGAUGAAAACUGGACAGGUGAAGAAUCUAUACAAGAUGCUGUGUUGCGCAUGCUCGUCGACAAAUACAAGCCUAUGCGCACGGGACCUAUCAGGACAGCUGACAUGAAGCUGAAGGAGACACCGCCCAAGGUACACACAGAAGCUUAUGUUGUCGAACAGCCUGCCCAGACGUGGCAGGACAUUGCACAUAAACCAUUGCUUCCUUCUGUAGAGGGUCACAAGCCGUGGCUGACCACUUACAAGGCCCCGUCUCGCGCCUCUGCGUCCAUUAAGUUGGGCAACUUCACACCUGCGUCCGCACGCACAACGGGCGUCCAUGAUGUUGCGGACAAACGCACUAGAAAGACGGAGAGGGAGCUUGCAAGACGAAAAGAGCAAGCGGGGCGAUUGACUAGAGCUAGAGAGUCAACGUUGGAUUAUCGCUUGGGCCUCAAGCACAGCGAGGGGCAACGUGCUGCUCGUCCGAACCCUGUCAGUAUGAGGGGGUGGCAAGCCCUGAUAGAGGACAAGAUAGAGGUUGACUCUGUCACUCGCUCGGAAUUAUCCUGUACUUAUAUCUCAAGACAGAGAGCUCGAGCUGCUGGGCAUUUCGACAAACUCAAAGGGCGAAGCGAGGAACGCAACCCUUUCAUUGCGAGAGAGGAGUUUCUCAUGAACCGGAUCGUUCAAAGGAACGGGGUAGCUCCACCAUGGGUCGAAGUCCAGAUUGAGCUCGAGACUGCAAUAAACACAUUCCGCGACGUCCUCAAGCAGUCGUGGACAAGGCGUGCUAUUCGGACUUUGACGAUUUUACAGCCAGCGGCUAUGCUACCUUCAUUAUCGCUCGGCAGAGUGACAUCAUUGCGCGAUCGCGAGUGGGAGGAUCGAGAGCGCUCUUACCAUGAUACGGCCGUCGCUGAAUUGAAUUCUCUGGUGCGUAAAUACAAUGGCCUUGCGCCAUAUUCGGUGCGCCGCCCGUAUCAUUCUCGGGAGGUCGAAUUGGCCAAGGCGUAUCAGGACUGUGGGGAGGACAUUUUGCGUGGGAUAUCAGAGAGAAGAAGAGAGAUGCAUGGCAGGUCGGGAGCCUUUCCGCCAUUUGAAGUCGCAUCUUCUGCGGAGGUCGAUGCUUCCAUGGCCUACCCUUUGAGGUUUCGAGACAUCAUCCGCCAGUGGUUUGUGAAACUGCGAGACAGAUUCAUGAACGUAUUCUGA